AUGGACGCUCUCCCUAGCGAGCUCAUCUCCUACAUCUUUGACUUCAUACAUGCCCCUUCAGCCCUCUCCAACGCCAUGCUCGUCAACACGCACUGGUACAUCCAUGGAGCUCGCAACCUUCACCAUCGCGUCAAACUCAGACUCUCUCCUGGUCUUACCACCAGUUCUUCCGACACUAUCAUCAUCUUCAUGAAACGCCUUGUCGCUUCAACACUGUCGACGGCCCACCUCAUUCACCAUCUAUCUAUCUCCGGAAUCACCUCCUUCGACGUCCAGAGCCUUAUCCUGACUAUCCUGGAGCGUGCAACCGCUAUCCGAUCAUUAGACGUACACGAACUCCGGCUUCCACAGGGCGAGUUACAUAUCCCUCCAGACUGCUGCACAUCAUCGGCGUUUCUCCCGAACCUCAUGGCGCUCAAUGUUCACUCCGUACAGCUCUAUUCGAGUCUUUGCGGCAUUCGCCGCCUUUCCAUGAUCCGCAUACACCAUCCAAUCGACGAGCCACCCUUGCGGAUGCUCGUGCUUCCAACGUCGCCGUUGGUCACCGCGCUUCAGCGCCUCCAGUUGGUCAUCGCCGUUGCCGACUGCUCAAACGUCGUGACUUCGGUAGCAUCGCUCGCCUCGGCCCUCGAAGCAGCGCCGCUAUGCUCCCUCGGUCUUCAAUUUGUCCUUGAUAGCCCUGGCCCCGUGUCAUGGGCAGAAUUCGAGGACACCGUCAUUGAAAUGGGACCCUCUCUACGGAGGCUUACACAGCUGCAGGCCUUAGGCCUCGUCGUCCGUCCGGAUCCCAUAAUCCCUUUGCAAGCCGGAGUAACGGCUGGUGACCAACUCAGGGAAGCCGUGACUAAGACCCUGGCGGAGCGCCUGCUCGCAGAAAACGGGCUAGAUCAGCUUGUCCGUAUGGAGCUGCGGUGGCACGGUUGGGUCAUUCGCGGGGGAACCUGGAUCUCCCUUGCGCGAACGCAGAUGCUUAGAAUGCCAUGGAUUUGGCCAUUACAAGAGCUUGGCGCCGUGAGUUGCUAA